AUGACGAGCAGCAGCAGCAGCUUUUGCAUAAUAAGAGCUGCUUCAGCGCUUGAACUGGAAGACCAAUCAACAGUAAUCAUCAUAUCUAUCAAUCACUCGGAGGAUUCCCAAAGAAUAUACUCAAAUUGCAAAGAAUUUUUAAUAGACGAUGUUUGUACUACCUCCCGGGCUGAAUGGGUUUUGGAAGACAACGGAAAGGAAUCCUUCCUGGAAGUUCCUCUUCUUGUUUUUCAUAUUUAUGCUGCUUCUGUGUUUUGGAUCGUGAUUUUCUUGUCUCAAUUUAUUCUAGGCUUUAUGGAAUGGAAGCUUGACAAGUACUCAUCAUGGAAGAUGGUGCAUCCAACAACAGUAUUGAUUUCAAUCUCAUGGAUGAACUCUUAUAUGACGGUUUUUGAUACUAACUUAGGCAAUUUGAACUCAACCCCACAUCAGGAAAGUUUCUUAAAAGAAAUUGAAAGACCAAAUUUCAUUGAUAAUCCAACUUUUAACUCUUCCCAAAUGGAUGAAUUUACUGGAAGUCAAGUGCAAGACCAGCAAGGCCCUUUUCCUUCAACACCCGUAACCAAAUCUAGGGUUGAAGGCACCGAAGAAAAUAGAAGGUUAUGGGUUGGAUCAAGUACAAAUCCAACCCGUACUAUCUCACCGAAGAAGAGAUUGGUGCAGGCUAUUGAGUACCUGAAAGACUCCACAAGAGAUAAAGAUGUCCUUAUUCAGAUUUGGGUGCCCAUAAAAAGAGGAGGCAGGCAUGUCCUCACAACUUACAAUCAACCAUUUUCUUUGAAUUCAAACAGCAAGAGUCUUGCAGAAUACAGAGAUGUUUCCCGAAAUUAUCAAUUUGCAGCAGAGGAGGACUCUAAGGAUCUCAUCGGAUUGCCCGGUCGUGUCUUCUUGAAUAAGUUGCCAGAAUGGACUCCAGAUGUUCGCUUUUUCAAACGAGAGGAAUAUCCACGCGUUGAUCAUGCACAGCAAUACAAUGUUAGCGGAUCACUUGCACUUCCUGUUUUCGAAAGAGGCAGUGGCAAUUGCUUGGGAGUCGUCGAGAUUCUGACAACAAGUCAGAAAGCCCCUGAACUUGAAAACGUCUGCAAAGCUCUGGAGGCUGUAGAUCUAAAGAGUUCUGAAAUCCCGUGUUCACUGAAAGCAGGGGAUUGCAAUGAGCCUUACCGAGCUGCUUUGACAGAGAUUAAAGAUGUCUUGAAAUGUGUCUGCACCACACAUAAAUUGCCUCUGGCACAGGCUUGGGCGCCAUGUAUUCAACAGGGUAAAGGCGGGUGCCGGCACUCUGAUAAGAACUACAUUCAUUGUGUUUCCACAAUCGACUCUGCUUGCUAUGUGGCUGAUCCACAAGUUGUUGGCUUUCAUGAGGCAUGCUCAGAGCAUCACUUACUUAAAGGCGAAGGCAUUGUUGGGAAAGCAUUCAUGACAAAUCAACCAUGUUUUGCUGAGGACAUAACAGUUUUCUGCAAGACGGAAUAUCCUCUCUCGCAUCAUGCUAGAAUGUUUGACUUGUGUGCUGCUGUGGCAAUACGCCUCAGGAGUACACACACCGGAACAGCUGAUUUUGUUUUGGAGUUUUUCUUGCCACCAGAUUGCAAAGAUUCUGAAGACCAGAGAGAGAUGCUCAACUCACUGUCCUCUGUCAUAAAACAAACUUGCCAGAGUUUACGAGUUGUUAUGGAUCAGGAGUUGGCCAUAGAAACUUCAUUUCCAAAUUCUGUUUCUUUGGAAUCUCACAAGAAGGAGCCAGCAGAAGAGUUGCAGGUGACAACACAAUGGGAUAACUCUGGAAUGGAGUUAAAUUUUGUGCCGGUAUCCUCUGAGAAUAACAUCCAGCAAGAUUCUGUAUCCAAAGGAACUGGCGACGGUACUGGAGACUUCACUUUUGUUAGUGAGCAUGUGUCUUCAUGUUCUAAAAGAACAAGUGAAAAGAUGCGGACCAAGACUGAGAAGACUAUUAGCUUGCAAGUACUUCGGCAAUACUUUGCUGGGAGUCUAAAAGAUGCUGCCAAGAAUAUUGGGGUGUGUCCCACAACCUUGAAAAGAAUAUGCAGACAGCAUGGAAUCACAAGGUGGCCCUCUCGAAAGAUCAAAAAAGUUGGUCACUCAUUGAGGAAACUUCAACUUGUGAUAGAUUCAGUUCAGGGUGCCGAGGGUUCUAUUCAGCUUAGUUCUUUCUACAACAACUUCCCAGAACUUGUACCCUCAAAUUUACCAGGAAGCAGUGAUCAUUUAGAACAGUUGAACAGACAACCUGAGGGCAGCCUACUAAGCCCGGAAAACACUGCUUCAAAAUCACAUUCUUCUUCUGGUAGUCAUAGCUCCAGUUCAAGUUUCUGCUGUUCUACAGGUGUGAAGCAAUCAUCAUUCCCUGUCAAUGUCUCCAGCAGUGGAAAUGCUUUAUUAGCGGAACAGACUGGAGGGAUGCUAAAGAGAGCACGGAGUGAUGCAGAAUUGCUCGACUUGGGCCACGAUGAUACAAAGCUUCUGGUUAGAUCCCAAAGCCAUAAGAUAAUCAGUGAGCAUGCAUCUAUUGAGGCUCCACCUCCCCUGCCAAAGAGUAGAAGCCAGGUGUUGCGUGAUGCGAGUAAAUUUAGAGUAAAAGCCAGUUUUGGGGAAGAAAAGAUCCGUUUCAGUCUGCAACCAAACUGGGGUUUUGGAGAUCUACAAGAAGAAAUUUUUAGGCGAUUCAAUAUAGAUGAUGUCAAUAAGGUUGACCUAAAAUAUUUGGAUGACGAAUCUGAGUGGGUCCUUUUGACAUGUGAAGCAGAUCUCGAAGAAUGUAUUGACAUACACAAAUCAUCCAGGAGGCACACAAUUAAACUUUCUGUCAAUCAAUCUUAUCAUCCAAGUCUUGGAAGUUCAUUUGGUAGUAAUGGUGGUCCAUUCUAA